GGUCAUGGGACAAAGCGCCUGCUCACUUGUGCCAACGGUAGCGCGCGUGCGCCCGAGCAGCUGAUCGGAGUUUGUUUCACUGGCCGUUCUGUGCGGGCGGUCUAUGUCGCCGAGAUGCACGACGCGUACGAGUCGGUGCCGAUUUUGGAGAAGCUGCCGUUGCAAAUCGAUUGCAUAGCGGCCUGGGAGGAUAGACUUCUUGUUGGCACUAAGCCAGGACAUCUUCUCCUGUAUAGGAUCAAGAAGGAAUUAGGUAGCAACAGAUUUGAAGUCUUAUUAGAAAAGUCUAACAAGAACUUUUCAAAGAAAAUUCAGCAGUUAUAUGUUGUAUCCCAAUUUAAAAUACUGAUCUCUCUCCUGGAAAAUAAUAUUUAUGUUCAUGACUUACUUACGUUCCAACAAAUUACUGUGGUUACCAAGGCCAAAAGUGCCAGUCUGUUUUCGUGUGACUUAAAGCGAUCUGACAGUGAUGAGCUGAUUCUCAAUAUGUGUGUAGCUGUGAAGAAGAAACUUCAACUCUACUACUGGCGGGACCGAGAGUUUCACGAAACGCAGGCAGAUUUCAGCGUUCCUGAUGUUCCUAAGUCCAUGGCUUGGUGUGAGAAUUCUAUCUGCGUGGGCUUUAAAAGGGAUUAUUAUCUUAUCCGGUUGGAUGGAAAAGGUUCAAUAAAGGAGCUUUUCCCAACUGGGAAGCAACUGGAACCUCUUGUGACUCCUUUGGAUGACCAAAAGGUGGCAGUUGGGCAAGAUGAUUUAACGGUGGUACUGAAUAAGGAUGGAGUCUGCACUCAGAAAUGUGCCCUGAACUGGACAGAUAUUCCACUUGCCAUGGAACAUCAGUCGCCUUAUAUCAUAGCAGUGCUGCCACGAUAUGUGGAGAUCCGUACCUUUGAACCACGCCUGCUGGUACAGAGUGUAGAGCUGCAGAGGCCACGUUUUAUCACGUCGGGAGGGCCUAAUAUUGUUUAUGUGGCUAGCAAUCACUUUGUAUGGCGACUGGUACCAGUUUCAAUUGCAACUCAGAUCCGACAGCUUCUCCAGGACAAGCAAUUUGAAUUGGCCUUGCAGCUUGCUAAAAUGAAAGAUGACUCCGAUAGCGAUAAGUGGCAGCAGAUCCACCAUAUUCAGAACUUGUUUGCUUUCAAUCUGUUUUGCCAAAAACGCUUUGAUGACUCCAUGCAGGUCUUCGCGAAGCUUGGCACAGAUCCCACUCAUGUAAUUGGGCUGUAUCCAGAUCUGUUGCCAGCUGACUACAGGAAACAGCUUCAGUACCCAAAUCCUCUUCCCACGUUAUCCACUGCAGAACUGGAGAAGGCACAUUUAGCACUUAUAGACUACUUGACACAGAAACGAACUCACUUGGUAAAACAGUUGCAUGAUUCAGAACCCUCUACCACGUCACCCCUGGUGGAAGGGACACCAAUCAUCAAGUCAAAGAAAAAAUUGCUCCAGAUCAUUGAUACAACAUUACUGAAGUGUUAUCUUCAUACAAAUGUGGCUCUUGUGGCCCCCCUCUUACGUUUGGAGAACAAUCACUGUCACAUUGAAGAAAGUGAACAUGUACUGAAGAAAGCACACAAAUACAGCGAGCUCAUCAUUCUGUAUGAAAAGAAGGGUCUGCAUGAGAAAGCCCUGCAGGUUCUCCUAGACCAGGCAAAGAAAGCCAAUUCACCACUAAAAGGCCAUGAGCGAACUGUGCAGUACCUCCAACGACUGGGGAAAGACAACUUGAAUAUUAUUUUUGAGUUUUCUCUAUGGGUUCUAAAAGCAUGUCCAGAAGAUGGGUUAAAGAUAUUUACUGAGGAUCUGCCUGAGGUAGAAAACUUACCAAGAAUCAAAGUGUUGGACUUCCUAAAGGAUAGCUGUAAGGAACUUGCUAUUCCAUAUCUGGAACAUAUUAUCUAUAUCUGGGACGAAACUGGGCCAGUCUUCCACAACUGCCUGAUCCAACUAUAUCGUGAGAAGGUGCAAGCCCUGAUGAAGGAAUACCUCAAUUCUCUGCCUGAGGAUGAGAUUCCUGUUCCUGCUGGAAAUGAGGAUGGGGAGUUGGGAGAGUAUAGAAACAAGCUGUUGUGUUUCUUGGAAAUUUCCACACAUUAUCAACCUAGCAAGCUCAUCAGUGACUUUCCAUUUGAUGGGUUACUGGAGGAGCGAGCAUUGCUGAUGGGUCGGAUGGGUCUACAUGAACAAGCCCUUUUUAUUUAUGUUCACAUACUGAAGAAUAUCAAAAUGGCAGAAGAAUACUGUCACAAACAUUAUGACUGGAACAAGGAUGGUGACAAAGAUGUGUAUCUUUCUCUACUACGUAUGUAUUUGUCACCUCCUGAUAUUCAUUGUGUUGGACCAAUCCGGAUGGAGAUACUAGAGCCACAGGCAAAUCUUCAGGCUGCACUGCAAGUACUAGAACUGCACCACAGCAAACUUGACACCACAAAGACUUUGAAUCUGCUACCUGCCAACACGCAAAUCCGGGAGAUCAGAGUAUUUCUGGAGAAUGUCCUUGAAGGAAAUGCUCAGAAACGGCGCUGCAAUCAAGUUAUGAAAGGGCUCCUUCAUGCAGAGUUCCUUCGUAUCCAGGAGCAGAGAAUUUAUCACCAGGAGGUGAAAUGCAUCAUAACAGAGGAAAAAGUCUGUCGGGUCUGCAAGAAGAAAAUUGGAAACAGAGCAGUUGCCCUACCGAGCUGUGAUGCAUCUGGAUUGAAUGCUUUCUGUGGUCCAUCUAUUAAAAAUAGUAAGUGACAUUGUGGGCAUGCU